AUGUCGCAUAGUCUGCUCUUUAGGGGGCACAUCUAUCAACCGUCCAAACCUUUUGAGCUUGAAAUUCCCCGUUUAGAACGCGAGAAUCGCCACAUUCGAAUGCUCUUCUGGCUAUGCUAUAUGUUCGACAAAGAUAUAUCGCUUCGCACUGGAAAUCCUCCCCUUCUCACCGAUGUUUAUUGUGACCUCACCCCGCCUGAUAACUAUUUGGACUACUAUACCUAUUUACCAGGUUUGGAUGAAUUCUUUGAAGCUAACGAUAAAACCAACGGGCAUCCCGCACCCCAUCUUCCGGGAGACCUUCACCUCAGCCGUUUGAAGGAGAAGGUCUGCCGACUGCUCUUUUCUGCCCGGGCCUUGAAGGACAAUGAUAACCAACUCCUCCUUAGUAUCCGGCAACUAGAUGAUGAGAUGGAGCGCUGGCGAUUAUCUAUCCCUGUCAGUUUCCGGCCUGCACUUUUUGUCUCACAGAAUACUUCUGCAAACAUAUCCGACGAAAAUCUACCGCAUACAAUUCGCCGUAUGUCACUACAAUUAGAUUAUCACCAUCUCAUGACCGUUAUCCAUACGACAGUGAGAAAAUGCACUGCUGAAGCUAGUGAUGGGAUCCGGGACCUUCAUGACGUAGUCCAUUCGAGCUUCGAUCUAUCUUUGGUGGCCAGCCGGUCAACACUCUGUUGCCUAAGAUUUCUCGUCAGCACAAUUGCAGAAGAAGCAUUUCGGUUCAUAACAUUCUAUUCGAAUACCGCCUGCAUGUCGCUCUUUCUCAACAUAGUUAUCCACCCCCUCGAUGCCCAAGCGCAGCUUGAUUUGGAGCUUCUUAUAUCGGCUGCCAACUCAAUGCGUAGCAUACCUGUGCAUAAUUUGACGCAGAGAGAGAUCGACCGAGUACAAGAAACAAGCAACUUUGUGAUGAGACUCAUGUGGCUUGGAACUUGUGCAGUGAUGAAGGCGGCAAGAGAGAAGAAACAUGAAUUUAGCUAG